AAGAGGUGAAAAGAGCAAAAUUGUCAGUACGUCCUGUCAAAAACAUCCGUCUUCUGACAAUGUAGAAAUGAAAACCGUUAAAAAUGAAUUCCCACGUAGCAGUAACACGGUUGAUGUGUGUUCGGAGACUUUGUCGACAUCAGCCAUUCCUGGUUGUGACACCGCCAUUGGAUCUCCAUGUGACAUCAGAAACCUCCGUAAUAUCACUCAGCAUCCUCAGCAAGGAUCUUUGAAGUGUGUUCAUGACCAUACGUUUUCAACUUGUUUAACAGAGCCGACAGAGAAGGGAUCCUUUCAUGUCUCUGAUCCUACAGACAUCAAGGCUCCAGAGCCUUGUGACCUAGACGAAUUGGACAUGAGAUAUAUAACAAUUAAUGACGUAUCACCUGCUAGCAUCUGCAAUUCAACUCGAAUAAGUGAACCAGAACAACAUGAUGGCACGUCGGUGUCAAACUCACAGGUAGCUAUUUCUCAGGACGAGAGCAAGCAUGACGAGAAAGAGACAUCAAGUCCUUUACCGUCGGGGAUAUAUGGCCUAUCUUCGCCAGGUACUGGUCAGGAUACAUCUCGCAACGCUCAGCUCACACCGUGUACGAGGGAGAUCGCACAGUUUCAUGGAACACCAGUCUCUUCAGUCAGUAGAUCACGUUCACCCAGCCGUGGAACAGAUGAAACACAAAGGAUUUUUUUCUCUUCUGGUAUGACCAACGUGCUCCUCCUGAGGUCCGGUGACGUGGAGCAAAAUCCCGGUCCAAAUACCGACCCUGGGAAUCUAACUGAGUUCGAACUCCAUCUCCUCGCUGACGGUAUGGAUCCAGCAGACUUUAGGAAGGUUGGACUAGCUUUAGGAUUCACUGAGGCUCAACUAAGUCGAUUCAAGGAAGACAACAUUGGCAACAUAAUGCAAGCUAUCUAUAAGAUGCUUUGCGAAUGGCUGAAGACAGUACUACAAGAUGAAGCAAGGGAGAUACUAUCCAACAAGUUAAAAGACAUCAAUCUCGUACAGUUGGCCGAUAGCGUACAGAAAGGUCAGGUUGGUGAUCACAUACCCUCAAUGACAGAAGAGGAAAUUCAACAGGUCAUCAAAGCGGUCAAAGAAUAUUCUGCACUUCGUCACUGUCAGAUUCAAGCAGAUCCACUUAACAUCGGCCUUUUAUUUACAAUUGAUCAGAUCUUCACCAACUUAACGUUGAUGGAAGAAGAUAAGAGAGGAACACAUAAGAAACCGCUACUCUACGCCGACCUCCUCAAGACCAAGGUUAACGGAGUCCUUCCUAAACGUUUGCUAGUUGAAGGUGAAGGGGGUGUGGGGAAGACAACUCUUUGUGCAAAGAUCGUUUGGGACUGGAUUCAUGCAUCCGGCUACCAAGAUUUCAAACUGGUCCUUCUCGUCCUGCUUCGUGAAGCAAAGAAUAGGACUAUUGGAGAGAUUAUAAAGUCUUACCUCCCAGACGACAUUAAGGUUACAGUCAUGCAGCUAAACAAGUAUGUCUUCUCACAUCAGAAAGAAGUAUUUCUUGUUAUGGACGGCCUAGACGAGCUAGCUGGUGAUCUUAACAGCUCUCAUCAAAUCGCCCUUAUCAUCCUCAAUCGACUGUUCAAGUCAGGUAAAGUACUAAUCACAUCAAGAAGAUGGAGAUCGGAUGAGAUACGGAAGAUUACUGAGCUUAGAAGGCUGUAUGCAUUCAUUGCCGUGGAAGGUUUUUCUGAUGAAAAUCUCUCUUCCUACGUCACCAAGUUCUUCCAUCCAGACACAACUUCGGCUGAAGAUUUGAAUCGAUUUAUAUCAAAUAAUGAUGUGAUCAGAGAGAACAUGGCUCCAUACCCCAUAUACACAGCUAUGCUGUGUAUCAUGUGGAAAGAGUUCGAUUGCGAACGUCGCAUAGCAAUGUCGAAAUUACAAACAUUUUCUCAGCUGAUUAAUGAAAUGGUCCAAUUCUUGGUCGAUCAUUAUCUCUCGAAGCUCGGUCUGACGUCAAGAGACGAGGAAUGGCAUGUACAGCGUGCAAAAAUACUUCUCAAUCUAUCCAAUAUCGGUUGUCUUGCCUUCCAGGGGCUCAUGGAAAGGCGAUUGGUGUUCACUGAACAAGAAUUCAAGAGCUGGCCCGGGUGUGUGACAAUAGGUUGUCAAGUUGGAGUACUCACUACACAAGCACCGAUCCUUCAAAGGAGACAACAAAGAUACAAUACACACCCCACAGACUCAUUUGUGCAGUUCCCACAUAAGCUGUUUCAGGAGUAUCUAUCAGGAAUGUAUCUGGCAUCUCUUCACAACUCAAACAGAAGGGAGUACGACAGGUUGAUGAAGGCUAUUAUGAACAACAUCUGGGAAUUCAAGGAGCUUCUGUACUUCACCUCAGCCCAGCAGAAGGAGGUCGGAAUGGAUAUCGUAUCUCAUCUCAUAGCAUCAAGAUAUAAAUACUUCAUUGUUGACGUAGCAUAUGAGAGUCAAGACCAAACAGUUUCCAAAGCUGUGGCAGAUCAUCUAUCGACUUCAUCCAGCAACACACUUAUGAUCAUGAGAGAGAUGCAGGCCCACACGGUGUCAGGACAUGUCUCCAUCAUGUAUCAUCGUAAAGUGGAAAAUCUGCAAAUUGAAAAGCCAUGUGGACGGACUGCUUCAGAGGACCUAGCUGAAUGUAUAUGCUCCUCAAACACCCUGAGAUCUGCAACGAUCACUAUGCCUGUAGACAGAGCGGAUACACAUAUGCAUGAUGUGUUUUAUUCGGUGCUUGCUCGCAAAGCCACUAAUACAACGAUUGAGCGUCUUGAUAUCAAUUACAUUGAUCUCAGUCAAUGUCAGUCUGCAUCACGUGAUCUGGCUCAGUUCAUUUGUAAGAUGCCUCAUCUCAGGGAACUUAAUCUUGGUUCUUAUCAAAACAGUCCGAAAUUUCAUGACGAGUUCUGUUCAACAUUAUCAUCCUUGGCAUCAUCUGCAAAGAAACUAGUGCUCAGAAGCCCCACCAACGGCCCUGAACUAGAAUGUGAACGAGGCAACGUUAAUGUUCGGUCCGAAAUGGAAUUCGCUGGUGGCCUCAUCCAAAUCGGGUGA